GGAUCAACCAAACCGAAACAAGAUCCGACGGUCCAUAAUCGUCUACGACAUCCCAUUCAUCAGCUUCAGUUGAGUCCGGUUCGUUGGAAGCCCCAAAGCUCUCUCUUUCUCUCGCUCAGCUUCUGUAGUAGCAAGUUGUGUUCGGAGCUGUUCCAAAAUGCUGGCUCGCCUCGCUUCCAAUCGUCUCCACGAGAUCCGUCGGAUUUUCAGUCAGCCUGCCCGAUCCUUCUCCACUGCCCUCAACUACCAUCUUGAUUCUCCGGAUAACAAUCCGGACUUACCAUGGGAGUUUAACGAAGCUAACAAACAGAAGGCGAAAGAGAUACUGUCUCAUUAUCCAUCCAACUACAAGCAAUCUGCAGUGAUUCCUCUGUUGGAUCUUGCACAGCAGCAGCAUGGAGGAUGGCUCCCUGUUUCAGCAAUGAAUGCAGUAGCAAAGGUUAUCGAAGUUGCUCCUAUUCGUGUAUAUGAAGUUGCAACAUUUUAUUCAAUGUUCAAUCGGACAAAGGUGGGCAAGUACCACCUUUUGGUUUGUGGCACAACACCAUGUAUGAUUCGUGGUUCACGAGACAUUGAAGCAGCUUUACUGAAUCACUUAGGAGUGAAGCGCAAUGAAGUAACCAAGGAUGGAUUAUUCUCUGUUGGAGAAAUGGAAUGCAUGGGAAGCUGUGUGAAUGCUCCCAUGAUUACGGUCGCUGAUUACUCCAAUGGAUCGGAGGGAUAUACAUACAAUUACUACGAAGAUGUUACUCCAGAGCGAGUUGUGGAAAUAGUUGAGAAGUUAAGAAAGGGCGAGAAGCCACCGCAUGGCACUCAAAACCCUAAGCGCAUUAAGUGUGGACCAGAAGGAGGAAAUACUACGUUGCUCAGUGAGCCCAAACCUCCUCCGUGCCGGGAUCUUGACGCAUGUUAAAAUUAUGGUAUAUGUUGUUUCUAAUAAUGCAAAGCUCCGAUGCUGUCAGGCUUCCCUUUGCUUUGGGACUUGUUGGAAUUGUUGAUACAUACUCAACCAUUUUUUGUAUUGAGGUGGCAGUAUAAGUUCUGCCAGUGAUGUAGUUCUGUAUGUUUUGAUCUUUCAAUAUGCUGUGGUUUAAGCUAUACAGUUUUUAAAGUGUUUUCAUGGGCUUGCCCGGAAGAUCUUUCUUAUGGCCGAAUGCUUGCCUUUAGUACUGUGAGCACUGUAGCAUUUGUUCUCCAAACUGCUAUGCUUCACAACUUUAUAUGAUAUCCAGAACUCAAACCA